AUGUUCCAUCGUCAGCGAGAUAGUCAAUCUUUUGAAGAUUUCAUCUCACCAGGCGUAAGUCCCGGGAGCUUACUGGAAGAUGUCGACUUCGCGUCUUUCCUGGAUCUAGACGCCACUCAUCCGGACCAAUGGGUUGAUGGUGAGACCUUCGCCACGGGGCUCGCACCUGCAACUUUGGUCCCGGGCCACUCUGGGAUAGAAGCUGCGUCCUCAGAAAUUAUAGACAAUUUGGGCUCAGGGGACCCGAUCGAAAGUUCGUUGCUUGACGCUUUGCACGGCGGGGAGCACUUCGAGGGUGAUCGUUCAACAGCCCAUUCCUCGGCAUGCACAUCAUUGGAUGAUUUCUCAGUACAGGAUCAAUAUGCUGCAAACAACGCGUCUGCCGAACAUCCAGCUAAGGUCAAGAAGAGUCGACGUCUCCCGGUAGACUCGACCAGGGUGCUGCGAGAGUGGUUCCGACAGCACCAAGAUUAUCCAUAUCCCAGCGGCCCAGAGGUCAAAAUGCUCGAAAGCCAAUCAAAUUUGAAAAAGACCCAGAUCCUCAACUGGUUCACGAAUGCGCGACGGCGUAAACCGGCCGGGAAAGAACUGUCGCAUAGCGUGCCCGCCGAUGACCAAACACUGCUUUCUCCUUUUGAGCGAUGGCAACACUCGCCACCCGAAAGUGAGCCUGCCAAAACGAGGGAUAUCAUUCGCGCUGCAGAAAGAGCACCGUAUCUUAACAUCAACAGUGACCCUGGACCGCAAGAUCUGUCAGAUGGUUGGUCAAGUAACGGCUCUGGAAGCUCACUGCAAUUUGGAGCGCUGUCAAUGAGUAGCUAUGCGUACAGCAGUUCGUCUGGCUCGGAAUUAGCACUCUCGCAGGCGCAUGGCGGGUAUCAGAGACCCCCAACCCCUCUUCCAGGAAUGAGACGCCGCCGACGCCGCCGGAAGCCAAUGCGCUAUGCUCAUCGCUUAGACAAGUCGGCAAGGUCGGACAAACGGCCUUUCCAGUGUACAUUUUGUUCGGACGCUUUUCGAAACAAGUAUGACUGGCAACGACAUGAAAGAGCUCUGCAUAUACAGGUCGAACGAUGGAACUGUGCGCCCGAAGGCGGAAUUAUCGAGAUCGAUGGCAUCAAUACCUGUGUCUUUUGCAGUGCAGUGAACCCAGAUGAGCAUCACCUUGAAACACACGACUACCUUCGCUGCCGGGAGAACCCUCCAGAUCUCCGCGCGUUUUCAAGAAAAGACCACCUCCAGCAACAUCUCCGAUUAGUGCACGGCGUACCGUAUCAGGUGUCAAUGGAUGGCUGGAGGGAGUCCAAAGCCCGAAUGCUCUCGCGAUGCGGCUUCUGUGGCUCGAAUUUCACUACCUGGGAAGACAGAGUCGAUCACGUCGCAGAGCACUUCAAGAACAAAGCAGACAUGGGCCAAUGGUGCGGUGGCUGGGGUUUCGAGCCGCACGUUGAAUCCAGAGUGCAGAAUGCCAUUCCCCCGUAUCUUCUAGGUCUAGAGCGUAACUCAAUGGAUCCCUGGGUAGCUUCCGAUACGGGACCCCAAGAAGUGGAAAGACCGCCGACGUAUCAAGCCGCACCAAACACGCUGGACCUCUAUGCAAGUAUCCACCAAAUAGUUUCCGAUUAUCUCCGGACUGAGUUUGCGGCUGGGAAUAACCCAUCUGACGAAACCGUACAGAGUCUGACUCGUGUGUUCGCAUAUGGGACCGACGAUCCAUUUAACCAGACUUAUGCAGAUGAUCCAGAAUUUAUCAUGUGUAUUAGGCGAGAGCUGGGGAUGGUUCCAGAUGCUUAA